AUGCCCGUCCAAUUCAACGGGAAUUUCCUGGAGCCUUCAUUUUCUCUCGCCUGUCUAAUUGCAACACCUGCGAGGGGCAACCCCCUCCUCAUUAUUCCCUUCGCUUCGCCUGAAGCGCUUGUCACAACACCCGCGCCUAUCUACCUGAAACACCGUGUAGCACUUGGGCUGGCGGUGCAUCUUUUCGGUAUUCCGCUUCAGCCACGGCUUUCUUUCACCAGCCCACCCCUGCCGCAUUCCCCUCCCCGGUCCCGCGCAACCAUCCUCGCUCUAAAAGCUGAGCGUCGUGACGAUUCACAUCGAAAAGACCUCUUCUUCUCCCUCGGCCACCAUUUGACAAUUUUCCUCGAGGGAGCGCAUGUCCGCGCAACGCGUGCUCUGCCUUUACUGACCUACAACCCGGACUUGCUCUCCGCUGCGCGCAUUCGCUGA